CAACGUUGAUACCACCUUGAACAAUCACCAUGGAAUUCCGGCUUGUGCUUGCCUUUGCUCUUUUCUUCUUUGGUCUUGUCGACGCGCAUACUGUGAUAGUUUACCCUGGUUAUCGAGGGAAUAACCUCUUAACCAACGGAACCAUCGAGGAGGCAAAUGGCCUCGGCGUCGCAUCGCAGAAUGACUCUCUAACCUACCCAUACGGCAUGCAAUGGAUUUAUCCAUGCGGCGGCAUGCCCACUUCAACCAACCGUACAAAAUGGCCCAUCCGCGGCGGCGCCAUCUCCCUCCAACCGGGCUGGUUUCCCGGUCAUUCCUCGGGGUUCCUCUACAUGAACAUGGGAUUCGGCACUGUCCCAGCCAACAUGAGCAACGCCAUGAUUAAGCCGUUUGCCUUCGAAGGGCCCAGUAACCUGCCGUACCCGGGGACGAUCUGUUUGCCGCAGGUGCCGUUGCCGGCAGGGCAUACAGUGAAGGUUGGCGAUAAUGCGACGAUUCAGGUGGUGUUGGCGGCGCAACAUGGAGCUUCUUUGUAUAAUGUAUGUUCCCUUUUUUGCAACUUGUGUAUCGAUAUUACAUUCGCAGAGCCAGAAGACGUCGCGGAGGUGACGCGGGAUAACUGCUUCAAUUCGAGCGAUAUAACAUUCCAGGAUAUCUAUCGGACAGCGCCGUUGAAUCAGUCUGGAUCGGGAGCAGGGCAGGUUGUAAGAGCGCGAUGGGUGGAAUUGGUGCCAUUGGUGGUGGCGGUGGUAGUCGGGUUGUGGUGAUUUUAUACCUGAUUUUUUUUUAUGCUUACUAGUUCAUACCCC